AUGGCCCACGCCUGGCUAGACUCACUGUCUGACGAUUGGCCGUCGCAAAACGACUCUGAUAAUUCCCACGAUGACCUUCCGCUGCUUCUUGACACGCCUGAGCGUGUAUCACCGUCAAAACAUGCCUCGCACGCGAGUCGGAUACCAUUGCGGUCUGCUGGAUCGAAGCCGAUUUACUCCCCGUCCAAUCCUAACAGUAGCAAUGUGUUAAUUGAACGGAGUGCAAAUGAAAUCAAUAUGCCACGAAACCGACCGUCGCCAUCUAAGUUGUCACACGAAAUAAGGCCAAGCCAAACAUACGAUCGGGUAGUAUCCCAUGAUAGUGAUGGAUCUGUGGUUCAUAACAAGACGAAUGCUGGCUCAUCGCCUCAUAAGGAGGGAGAAACGCCAGAAUGGAAGCGCCGACUAGUCUAUGGGGAGCUAGGCUAUGGCGAACAAAAGGAUUUGUUUUGUUCCGCCGCAACUGGUUUACAAGACAUGUUCAAGCCACCUGUGCCCAAGGCGGAUGAGACAAACCUUAGCCCAACAAAUAUGCGAAAUGCCGACGAUACAAUGCCAUCGAGCCCUCCAUUAUAUGAAUAUGGCAUCGAAGAAGAAAUCGACAGGCUUGUAAACCUCGCUGAAGCAGAAGAAAACCAGUUUCCAGAUCAAGUCACGCCCAGUCCGAGCCCUAGGAGGAUAAAACGAGGUGUCAAUUAUAGAGCUACAUCAGGAGCUGCAGCAGACGACACCGAACAUUUCGAAACAAACCUAUACGAAGAAACUCCGAUACGUCCAAAGGAAUCUGAUGUGGCUUUUGGUCAGACGCUUGCUGUCCCCUCUAAUGAUGAGGGCACGAGUCGGCACACCUGUGGCCAAAGUGUUGUCAGAAAUGAAAACUUCAGUUCUAUUAUUAUUGGCAAGCAAACGCAGAUAUCAAAGCUACCCACUCUGGAGCCUGAGGACGGCGUGACAGAAGAUCUUCACAGCAAGCUAGAGCAACUACGCAUAAGCCAAUCCAGGAACUCCUCGCCACAAGUUGAACACAAGUAUACUCACAGCCGGACAACCUCAACAGGGAGUGCGUUUGCAGGACAUGUCAACCCCGCCUUCCGCCGGAGUGGAGAUACUCAACUCUUUCACGAUGGGAUUCAUGCUGGAAUCGGUGUUGAUACGUCUGAGAUGCUGCCAGAGGAGUCACUCCAAGCCAGCACACCGAAGGAAUACCCAUCCGUCCGCACUUAUAGCCCCAAACCCAAGACACAGCAAAGUUUUGAUGCGAGCCCCGAACUUCCCAAUGUUCCUUUCUCAAGCCCUCAAAAGGGUGCACAGCAAGGCGAAAACCGAACGAUCUCUGGAAGUCCCCUGAAGCUGUUUGGACCAUACGAUACUUUCACGAACCAGACACUAUUGCGCCGAAUCAGCCAGUUUGAAGAUGUAAAUUCUGCCAGCGUAUCCGAAGAAUCAAACUUGCUAAAUAAUCGAGAUGAGGAUGACAGUGAUCACGAGAAUACCGACGCUGCUGAACAAAAACAGUCUAUUAGUUUCUUUGGCGAUGGCCAACUCGAUGGGUUUGCUUUUACAGCAGAUAUCACUGGCGAUGGCCAAGGCAAAAGAACAGCUGAAUCUCUAUACAGCUCCCCUGGCCCAUCCUAUCCUCUCUCUACUAACCAUACGGAUGGCUUGCUUCGGACUGAUCUCCGGCCUGCGGAACGGGGACUUGGUCGCUCGCUUGGACCUGCUGCCAGAAUUAGCAGACACACUUCCCUUUCUUUUCGCCAAGAUGAUGCCAUAUCGUCCGUGGAAAGCCUAUUGGAAUCCAAGCGGCCGCGUACAUCACCAGUGAAAGACCCAACUCCCAAGAGAAGACGCACGCUGCAUAGAUCCGACAUUGCGUACGAAGAACAAGACAACUCGCAAGAUGAUACACGCUACAAUCCCGGAAAGAAGAGAAAGGAUGCUUUGCCCGGUGAAUUCCAACUUGCAUCACCCGAUGUCCUAGCUGCCAGGGAGAUUCUGGAAGCUCGAAGUCCAACACCUCCUCGACAUCGUCAACGUAAGCUUGAGUAUGAUCUCGGUGGAAACGCAGCCCUCAAGAAAAACAAAGAUUCGCCACGCCGGCAUCACCAAUCUACAAAGUCAACGAGUGCCACAAACCAGGUUGAUCGUAAACCGUCCAUACGAACACAAGACUUUGUCGACCAAGCGGCACAAAUCAUGGCUAUGAUUCGAAACCAAGUAAAACCAAACACAAUGGAAAGUGUUGAAGAAUCAGAAGAGGACAACCAGACUCUUAGAGACCAUUCCAACAUUCAACCCUCUCACCAAGAAUCAACAUUUGAACCGUUCGAUCGCCCUCCUAGCCGAGAAGGCCGCUCAACGUCGAAGCAAAUAGAUAUUAACGACAAUGCUGAGCUCGUAAGCAAGUUGAAGCGAUAUCGUGAGUUUAGUGAUGUCGCAGAUAUCAUCUCAUCUUCUAUGCGAUCUAUGAGCCUCGCGCAGCGGGCACAAACUCUUGGGCUUAAUGGACGAGACGACCCUCUUCCAACAACGGGCGAGCUAGAAAGCGACAUACCCAACAUCAAACUUUCGGCUAACCCAGACCGACCUUUGGAUACCAACGCGCUAGGCGACGACUACCCAACGAAUUCUUCCGACAGAGUCUCUAGCGAUUCCGCACCGACAUUAUCGUCCCGUGGAUCAGACUCAAAGCGUAUAAUCCAUCCUGAUACGGUGUCCCAUUUAAUACCUAAUAGGGUGGGAAGCAUGUAUCUGGAUACGCAACAGAACAUCUGGAUCAAGAAGAAGGAAUCGGGAUCUCCUGUUAAAGAAGUUCAACUGCCUUCGAGCCCACACGAAGAAAGCAGUGACGACGACCCAUUUGCCCACAUACCUGACCUCUCUGUUGAUUUGACAAAGGAGUUGCAGCACCUAAAGAAGGCAUCUGGAUCUUAUGAUGCACGUAAUAGCCCUGGUGGUGCAGCAAUGCCACGCAUGGUGUCUACUGCUCGUUCCGAGUUGGCAAAGCUGGAAGAAGCUGGUGCUACUCCCGAGCACUUCGCCACCAAAUCCGCUGGAAAACGUCGAAAUACUGCCAUUUCCUUCUCUUCGCCCGUGGCAUCAUUUAUCCAAGAGAAUUUACCCGAAUUCAUGGAUAGCUUUGAACAGGAAGAGGCCUCAUACAACCGUUCAGACGAUAACGAUAUCGAAACUAAUGCGCAGCCAUCCCGACGGACGUCAGGAGGCAGAAGCUCACAACCUGCACCCAACAGAUACGGAUCUGUUCGGGGAGCGGACUUUGUCCCUCGUCCUGUCUCGCCGAUUGACGAAGGCGACGAGGAAGCCACUGUGGAGUUGCCUUGGGAAGAGGAUCAACAACUGAGCAUCAUUGGCGACCAAAGCUUGAUUGCUCGCCGAACACCCGAUCGACAAACUGGCUCACUGAGCUUGAUUAUCAAUGGUGGCCAUAAUGCCCUCACUUUUCUGGGUGAAGAUAGUCUCUUGCUUGGCCAGAAUGUUGGAAUGUUGUCUCUAAGCCCACUUUCGGAGUUUACUCUGAACCAACCAGAUCAGUCCUUCGGCUUGGAGGUAAGCUAUCUCGUUGGCCAGCGCCACGUAUCAACUGGCGAUGGCUCGAAGAGAGUGAUGUCCAUGACUAUAAGGGAUCUUGUGGACCGACUUAGCGAAGUUGAACCGUGUGAGCCGUACUGGGAAGACCUUCGAGAACUGGACUUGCAUGAAAAGCGAUUGACGAGCCUACACAUGUUGGAUGAGUUCUGUAGCCGUGUGGUCAGUUUGGACGCUUCAUCCAAUGCGCUCGGACACCUAGAGGGCGUCCCACAAAGCGUCAGACAGCUGAAGGUGUCUGAAAACAAGCUUACUGAGCUUACAUCAUGGGAUCAUCUGAUGAAUCUACAAUAUGUGGAUAUCUCAGGCAACGAGAUUAAGAGCUUGUCUGCGUUGAAACACCUUGUACACCUGCGCAGUUUGCGCGCAGACAACAACCAAAUUGCCUCUCUUGAUGGCAUGGGUCACCACGAUGGUCUCUUGUCUCUACGCGCACGGGACAAUGUCAUCGAAGAUCUGGAUUUUGAGGACGCCGCAAUGGAUCGACUGACAGAGCUUGAUCUGGUAGGAAACAGCAUCAAGUCUAUUCGUAACUUGGAGCUGUUGCCCUGUCUUGCACGACUAAAGCUGUCCCAGAACAAUCUUGAGUCGUUUGCGUUGCCAGUUUCUAUGCCGUCUCUUCGCCACCUGGAUAUCAGUGAUAACAACAUUGUUAGCCUCGACGUGUCAAACAUGCCAAAUCUACACACACUACAUGCUGACCGAAACCAGCUCUCAUUUAUCGAGGGUCUGCACAAGGCGAAGAGGCUGGAUAGCCUGUCACUACGCGAGCAACGUGGAGAGGUCGGUUUGGACUUGAAUUUGAUUGCGAGCGCUUGUGAGAUUCGCAAGCUGUACCUGUCUGGCAACUACCUCGGCACGUUUAAGGUGCACGUGGAUAUGCUCAAUCUACAACUUUUGGAAUUGGCAAACUGCGGGUUGUCCAAGCUUCCAAAGGCCAUUGGCCAGCAGAUGCCUAAUCUACGAACGCUCAAUGUCAACUUCAACGCUAUCGCAAACCUAGCACCGCUUCGAUUUAUCCCUCGUCUGAAGAAUUUGCUUGCGGCGGGCAAUCGUCUGGUAGAUUCUACAUCCGUUACGAAGCUCCUGAUCGACUUUCCCCAUCUGUCGCGGUUGGAUGUCCGUGACAACCCCAUGACGCUUGGCUACUACGUGCCAUCUCAGGCGCUAGUAUUGAUGAAUUCCGAGGAUAAGAGCGCCCGCUUCACGCUACCGGAUGCCGACGAGGAGCACGACAUGAAGUUUUCCAGCCGUCUCGAUGAAGCCACACGUCUGAGGCGCCGUCUGCAUCAAGUUGUGUUGGCUGCUAGCUGCAAGCGGUUGCGCAUGCUAGAUGGGCUGCAAGUGCGUCGAAAGGAACUUCUGGCUAUGGACACCGUGCUGGUUAAGUUGAUUGAAGAAGGCAUGCUUCCGGAUCCAACGCGAGACGACGCUGAUGAGGGCUGUGAACCAGCGGCCAACGAGGAGGGCGAGGAGCCACAGAGCAGCCGGUGGCAGGCAGAGAACAGCUUUGCCUAA